AUGGUCUUCCGUCGCUCAGCGGUUCCCGAGACAGCAUCAGCAGCGGCGCUAGUGGUGUACGACUAUCUAUUGAACUUUGGUCGCGAGGUAACCCUAAUCUGGCUCUCGCCAUGGACGUAUACCAAAGUGCUGUAUCUUGUGGUUCGAUACCUCCCCUUUUUAGCCUUUGUCAUCUUUAUUCGAAUUCAGCUUUAUCUUGGGGUUACGGUGGCCUCGUGCGUAUGGAUGUACCCGGUGGUCGUUUGGGCCACGACGGUCUCCACAUUCACAGCGGAAGUCGUCAUGAUGAUCAGAACGUGGGCAGUCUGGGGUCGAGACAAGAGGGUCGCUGCAUUUUUCCUCACUCUAUGUUGCCUCUAUAUUGGCCUUGCGACUGCCGGCAAUGUCAAGUUUAACAGGAGCGUUGUUUUUGCGGAGCCUCCAUAUCCAGGAUACAGAGGCUGCCUUGUAGUCGAGGCUUCCAAAAGUUUGACCAAUGAUUAUUCCAUGCUGGUGGUUAUGGAGUUUUUCGUAUGUGUACUCACGGCCUGGAGCGCCGUCCGAUCAUCCAAAACUGGAACUACGAAUCGGCUCUCGGCAAUCAUCCACAGAGAUGGUAUUCUGUUUUAUCUAUACCUGCUAGUCGGUUCCGUCGCAAACGUAAUCUUUUUCACUGCCCCAGUUAUACCGCUUGAACUUCACGCUGCUUUUGUGCCAAUCUGCUUGGCACUCUACACAAACCUCACCAGCCGUGUGGUGCUUAACAUCCGCGAGGUUGCCCGUGAGGGACGUAAUAAAUCUGCGAUGGAGACCCAGCUGCACGACUACAGGGAUGAUGAGGGGGUCCAGGAGCCUACGGUCAUUCCGUUGUCGCUUCGCUCACGGCAGAAGGAAUUCCAGUGA